AUGGCCAAAGUGAUGGUCUACAGUAACGCCAAAAGCAGUUGGGAACCGCCGAUCGGCGGCGACGACAGUCUGACGACAGUGCAGCUGCUUCAGAAUCGCACGCGUCUCGCAUUCCGAAUCAUCUCGUUGCGCUCUACGGACAACGCUCUGUUGAUAAAUUCGAAUCUGUUUCAAAGGUUGAAAUAUCAUCCGGCGACCAACAAUUUUCAUCAGUGGAGAGAUGAGGAGAAGCGAGUUUUUGGGUUGAGUUUCGAGUGUGAACACGAGGCACAAGUGUUUUUGGAAUACGUGAAACAAGCGUUGACACAGUUGGAACGGCAUGGAGGAGGGGGCGGAGCUAAUGGAUUCCAGCAACAACAUCCAGCCGACAAUGUCUACCAGGACCCCCAUCAACACCUCAUGCACAUCCACUCGGCGCCCAGUUUCCAUCAUGACGAGAAUCAGAAUGCACAGUUUCGCAAAACCUCCCAACACGCCUCGACACUCUACAGUAAUGGACCAAUGACCCAACAGCAACGUCGAGCCUCCCAGACUUCCAGCAACGGAUCAUCAGCGGCUCCACCCGUCGCCCCACCGAUCAACAAUAUCCCACAAGCCCCGCCCAUGCCUCCAUCCUCGGGAAUUGCUCAGGUUAACACAUCUGGCGCGCCUCCACCGCCUCCACUGCCUCCAGUCGGCGUUGGAGCACCACCACCACCGCCACCGCCUCCACCACCGGCGACACUGAUGGCUGGAAGUGGUGGAAUGUCGUUGGCAGAUCAAUUGAAGCAGAGAUCCAAAUCGCUCACCACCGGAAAACUGAAUGGAGGGGCACCGGCGGCCGUGGAAGAGAAACCCAAACCGGUGGCCGCGGCUCCGAACAUGAUGUCGGAGUUGACAGCGCAUUUGAAUAAGAGAAAACAGACGCAGGCGAAAUCAGACGCCGUUGAUUCCAAAUCCAACACAUCGAAUGGAUCUUCGGAUAGCGGAUGUGGCAUCGGACUGAAUGGAUCAUCAAAUGGAGGAUCCAUUGGAUCGGCGGGAGCCAAGAAAUGGUCGGUGUCGGAAGCAGCAUCGAAACCGUUGGAUAGCCCCAAAACGCAUAGAAAACUCCCCUCCGCGUCGUCGCUAUUCUCACAAGAAGACCAAACGACGCCUUCCAAGCCGAGUACUUCGAAUGGAACGACGGCGGGAGCGAUGAGCAAUGGAGCAUCGUCAUCAUCGUCGGCGCCGACGUCCUCUGGCGUGACGAAUGAGCAAUUGGAGAGACUUCGCGCCGACAUGAUGGUCGAGGUUCGUCUGGAAAUCAACAAACUCCGACAGGACCUGAUGGACGCGCAAGAGCGCUCAAAACAGGAAAUUCUCGAGACGAUUCUGAAUGCCAUCGGCGGUCGUCGAUAG